CCCGCUUCAUGCGUAUGGACGUGGCGUGCCCAACUUGUGUUCAUGGGCGUCUUUUGGGCUUGCCAUCUUUCCCUCCUUCUCAAUGUAAAAGUGUCGGGCAUCUAGGCUCCUAGAGUACUCCACGAAGCAUUGACAAGAUGCCGAGAAUUGGACCGCGCCAUUCCGUAUCGGCUCCGACCCCGACCCACCUCGCCGGUCAGAUCAUGUGGCUGCCUUCGGUGAUGGACGUAGACGAAAGCGAUCGAGUCCAGAGUAUUCACCCAGAUGCAUACAACCAUCCGGUGGUGAUACUGUCUCCCGGGCUGAGAGCAGGGAAAGUCGAGAUCUUCAUACUGACUUCCUUGGACGACACAGAUCUUGCGGUCAAGUUCGCUCGCAAUAACCCGCGAAGAAGGCAAUACGUUCCCAUAUCCCCAUGCAACCCACAUCCCGAUAACCAGAGGCUCCUGUAUCUCGAUGAGGAAGCCACGCUGCCGAAGAUGACCUACGUGAACAUCGAAAAGCAUCACACCAUCACCUUUCAUGUCCUGCGCCCAUAUGAUCGUCGGGAUCACCACCACAGCAGCAGCAGUGUAUACAUUCUCACGCGGGGAUCCUACCAAGACCUGGUCGAGUACGCUAGCGUCGUGUCUGUUGUACCAGUACCUGUGCCAUCUCCGCUGCCAGUGGCAGUCGAAAAUCCCACUCCCGCUCUACAAUACCGACAACAACAACAACAAAAACAACAACAACAACAACAGACGGCAACGACACCACUCAUCCCAGUCCCAUCGCAGCCGGCGUCCUCGGAGUAUUUAGAUUAUGGUACAUGUGCGACUGCACCGCCAGCUCAGCCACCGACCACCGUUCGCACACAUACCGGUACUAGUAGUAAUGCGACACCUAACCUCCUACCCACUGGUCCCACUCGCACCGUCUACCAAGACCUCCCAAGCUACCACCACCACACCGACUAUCAGUACCCGCGUACCUACUCCGAGUGGAGCCAGGCGCAAACCGGAACAACACGUACUGGUACUGGCAGUACUAGUAGCAAUACUAGUACUACAGUCAACAGGCCCAGGCCCAAAGCCAGGGAGACAACACCAUUACUCCUCCCUCGGUAUCAUCCCCACCCCCACCCCCUCUCCCAGCCCACCUACCGCAGCAGUAGCAGGAGAUGGAACAGUCCAUUUAUUCGUGCAAGCAGUGGAGGAGGAACAGACGGGCCAACAACACCAACCCCUCGGAAAUACAUCCUGUGCGGCUUUGCCCUUGGGCUGCUGCUCCUGGGCGUGCAGGUGGGGUGGGUGCAUCGGGCCGAGGUGGCAAGGGCGUUGCUGGCGGCAGGGAAAUGGGUCGCUGUGAAUGCUUGGUGGUUGCUGAGGGGUAUUGCGGUGAUGUUGGGUCGGGGCGUGGCUUGGAUUGCAAGGAGUGUGUGGGGUGUGGUGGUGAAGGGUAAGGGUGGUGGUGCGGGGAUGCUGAUGCUUUGGCGGUGGGUGGGUGGUGGAUGACGGUUAGAGGGGGAUCUAUUAGGUUACUAGUAGUGCUAGUAUUAAAGGAGGCAUGUGAGGGAUGGUUGGAUUGUGGUACUGA